AUGCCUACCACCAACAUUGUUAGAUCUGGGAGAAUCGUUGCUACUAGAUGUGCUCCGAUCAAUUGCCAGUUUAGUGGUAGUCGAUUCGGGGUGAUGGGUGCUCAUCGGUUUCGGUUUAAACGGUUGGCUCCGUACAGAAUCUAUACUACCAGCUCGCAAGAGGAGACCGACGGACAGGGAGCUGAGCCUUUUGGCGCGGAGAAAGGCUCUGUGGGCAGAACUACUGAUGGUACUAGACUUGAUAACCUCGAGAGAGAUGUAGCCUGUCUCUCGGUGACCGUUCAACAUCUGUCUACAAAAGUCGAUGAUGGAUUCAAAAGGAUAGAUGGUUGGAUGAAGGUGGGCCUUGGCUUAUUUGUGGGAACAAUUCUGGUGAAGCUCGCAUACUUGGACGAAAAUAUGAAGCAAGAGAUGAAGUCCAUGGUCAAGGGUGAAGUGAAAUUGGUAAGGGGCGAGUUAAGGAGCGAAAUGAGCGCACUGAAAAGCGAUAUCGUGCUAGAACUGCACAAAAUGGAGAGCAGGAUGGAGGCUAAGAGGCGAUGGUGGUGA